UCAGUACAGUUCAUGGGUAAUCAAAUUCCAGAUUUGCACGUACUUGAUUAUAUGCGUCCGACACAAGGUUACUCAUUAACUUUUGUAGACUUUAGUCUACACUUAAGAGAGAAAGGACAUCACACAGAAAUACAAGACUUACUUCACAAAUAGAUUUUUAAGAUCGACACGGGUGAAAGAUGAACGACAUUUAUGAGAAUGACAAUGACAUUUCAUUCCCAGUCAAGUUUGUCGGUCGCAUAGAAGUUGUUCGACCAGUGGGAUUACAACUUCUAAGUGAGGCACUGGCCAGUUUGAAGAACUCAGAUCACGUUACAAGCUCAGAGGGAAAGGGGAAGAAAAGCAAAGUUUCACUGUUUCUGUCCAUGAAUGGAAUCGAUAUUCUGGAACAUGAUACAAAGUUUAUGCUGUACACCUGUCCACUGUUCUUAGUCUCAUUCUGUGCCGUUCACCCGACUCUGCCCAACCACUUUGGCUUUGUGGCCCAGCAUCCUGCCUCUGACGCCUACUACUGCUACCUGUUUCGGAGCAAGAAGUUUUCUCACCUGCUGGUGUCACUCAUUGGUGAUGCCUUUCAUGCUUCCAAGAGGGAUGAGAACAUCGGUCGCAACAGGGACCUGGUGGUGGAAGCUCUCCGUCACAGGAAUAAGACACUGCUUAAGGAGAAUGCAGAGCUCAAGAGGAGAAUUGCUGCACUCACCCAGGGGGAGGAAUUGGAUGAGGACUCACUUGGGGAAGGAGAUGUGGAUGUCAUCAGAGAUAAAGUAUUUUCAGAAGCUGAAUCUAAAACCCCUGUAGUCAGAUUUCAAGCUGCAAGUGACAGAAUGCCUUUGCUCAAAAAAACAUGAAGUCAGAGUGUUGAAUCUUCCUGGAGUAUAACACAGGAUGGGGAACACACACUGUGCGAAAGAUCUCAACCCACAACUGAAGUAUAUGUGUAAUAAAAUUAUCAUGAGAGCUUGUAACAGGUACACGGGGUAUGAUGUUAAUUGAAUUCAAAUUGGUAGAGGAAUUUUACUAUUUUGCUUUGCAUUUUGUUCUGUUUUCUGGUAAAUGUUGUUUCAGUAAUUUGUGAACAUUCAUUUUGGUGAAAACUACAUUGAUUUUGAGAUAAUUGACAUUGUACUGUUUACCUCAUUUGUGUAUUUAAAAGUACUGCUAAUCUGAUGGGUGUUUCGGCUGCAUGUGACCUUUGACACAUACUACUACUGACUCUCUAUGUUUCUUGCUCAUCACUGUACCCACUUCUCCAUGAUAACCUAACAAAUGUUCAUUUUAAAUUGUAGGCAAUAGUGACUCUGUAGUAUAAGUCUAGUCUUACUAGGAAUAACUGGCAAAUUUUCUGGUAAUGCAUAUUUUCUUGGCAUAACAUUAGUUUAAUGAAAUUUAUCAGAAACAAAUAAAAAUACAUGUAAAAAAUUAAAAAAAUAAG